AUGCCCAUGGACGCCAAGGAGGUCGAGUCCCACGGCCGCGCCAUCACCAAGGCCCAGGCCGCGGGCGAGCCCGGCUCGUCGCUCAUCAAGCUUCUCGAUGAUCUGCGCACCGGUGUCCAGGCCACCGAGGACCUGCUGCGCUCCACAAAGAUUGGCAUCAUCGUCAACAAGCUCAAGACCAGCAAGGACCCCAACGUCGCCAAGAAGGCCAGCGAGCUCGUCUCCAAGUGGCGCGCCGACGUGAAGAAAGCUGGCGCCGAUCGCUCCUCCACUCCAAAGCAGCAGAACGGAACGCAAUCGCCCGCCUCCCAGGCUGCAGCCUCGCCUGCUCCGGUUGCGAAGCCCAAGCCGAAGCACAAUGUCCCGCUCGACAAGCGCAGCGUCGACACCGAUGGCGUGGAUUGGAGGCUUACCGGCAACGCUACCCGCGACAACUGCCUGAAGAUGAUGUACAACGCGUUGGCAUUGAACGUCGAGGAUGCCCCCAAGUCCGUUCUGACCGUGGCCCGGGACGUCGAACUCGCCGCGUAUAACAAGUAUCAACCGGAAACCUCGGCCGCCUAUAAGGAACGGAUGCGCUCGCUGUUCCAGAACCUCAAGAACAAGUCUAAUCCCGGGCUACGCAAGCGGGUGCUAUCCGGCGAGAUCCCCCCGGCCAAGUUUGUCGUCAUGUCAAGCGAGGAACUUAUGUCUGCCGAGCGUCGCGCUGAGGCAGAGCGUCUGGAAAAGGAAAACAUGAACAAGGCAAUGGUCGCCCAGGCAGAGAGAAGCAUCAGUACCAGUUUGACGUGCGGCAAGUGCGGCCAGAAGAAGGUCAGCUACAGCCAAGCCCAAACCCGCUCUGCUGAUGAACCUAUGACAACGUUCUGCGAGUGCACGGUUUGCGGUAACCGCUGGAAGUUCUCCUGA